UGGAUCUGGAGGUACGAUUCAAUGCCGGAUCCCGCCGGCUGCAGAUGUAUCUUGCCAUUCCAAGACCACGGCAGCGCUGCCCUCUGCCGCAUGCUGCGCCCCACCCCCUCCCCGGCCCAGACUCUGUUCGUUGGUCGUGGUGCCCGAGGGCUGGACGGCGCAGGCCUUGUCCGGCGUGCCUCCACGUCGAAGACUCCAAUCCAUUAUUGUGGCGCCAGGAGAGACCUCCUCUCAGGCUGCAACCUCCUUGCCGGCUGGCAAGAGCCUUAAUGCAGCCGACCCCGAGCAGGAUUGGAACCUGGUUCGCUCCAGAAAAGAGAUUAGGAAGAUGAAGACUACCACUUCGGAAGAGCUGCGUUCCCAUCCGCGUGUCCCUCCUUUUGAUCCCGCAGCUCUGCAGCAACACCUAGCUUUCAAGGCUCGCUUCAAUGGCCGUUGUUUCCGCUGCCUGUCAACGCGCCACCGCCUGGCGUCCUGCAGAGACCCUAUUCGCUGCAUCCGUUGCAAAGGAACCGGCCACCUCGCUCGCUCCUGCUCAGCCUCACUUCCUCCUCGCAAACCGCCAGCUACCAGCAAGCAACCCAUCCAGCCCCCGCCGCCGCAAGAAAGCCACCUCGCCUGGCCGGAGCUGCGUGCACGCCCAGGACUGAUGGAGUUCACCCCUGGGCUUGCCUCCCGACGGCCGGAGCGCUCCUCCUGUGUCCUCGUCAGCACCCGGAGAUGGAGGUCGACGCCUAUCAUUUGCGUCGCUCAGCUCUGACGGCCACUGCAGCUGAUGAAAGGGUCGACUUCGCCACAUCCCUCGUCGCCAAAGCGCUGGAGCAAGCGCUUGACAUCCCUUGGGAAUCCAUCCAAGUGGCUUCAGCGCACCCGGAGGACUACCUCAUCCGCUUCGCCGAGCCGUACCAGCGGGACCUGGCCCUCGAGCGGGGCUAUGUCCGCGUUGGUGGUGUCCGUUUGCAGCUUGAGCAGUGGGAUCCAGCACCGGCAGGCACCAUCCGCCACUUACGUUUCUACUGUCGUCUUGCAAUCUCUGGGAUCAAGUUCCAUGCGUGGAGGCUCGAUGUGGUCAAAAAGCUGCUGGGAGGUUCCUACAUUGUUGAUCGGAUGGAAAGGCAGACAGAGCGCCUUCAGAACGUGGCUGCUUUCUUCGUCUGGGUGUGGACGGAGAACCCAGACUCCAUCCCAAGAGCAGUUGAUCUUACAAUCAUCGAGCGUGCCGGAGACGGCCGCAACAGACAUCAGCUUCCUGACGGCGUGCCGGCAGAAGAAGGGCGUCAAGGCCCGAUGACUGGGGUGCUCAUCCACCUGGUUUUGGCCAAAGAAUACUCCCAGCGCGCCUCCGACUCCGCUGCAGAAGAAUAUCCAUGCAUCUACACCUACGAUGUGCAGAUUGGCACCAUGGAUGGGCGUGUAGUGCCGCCCCGUCGCAUGUCCGAGGCUGGCUCCUCGAGACUUCCUCGACGUCGUGAUGAUGACGCGGAUGAUGAGGGGCAGGACCGACAACGUCAUUGUCGUCCUGGGAAGCGCCGCUCCCUUUGGCAAUCGGUUGUUGGGCAGGCUCAAUGCCGCGACACAGCCCGCUUCGAUCCGCUGCCGCGUCGGGAGGGGCGCAACGUAGAGCGCUGGGGCCGCUCCGAUGCCCGUCGCAGGGCGCCGAGCCGCCUUGCCGACCAGGAGAGAAGGUGGCGUACUUCCACCAGCCCUCCACCGGCCCAACGUCGGGCGCCCUCUGCGACCUCGUCCACGGCAAUCCCGGCUGGUUCGGUUCUCCGCCCUGUUUCCAACCGAUCGGUGCAGGGCACUGGGGCUGCUUCUUCUGCCCCUGUCGAGGAUGCAGACCACUACAGCGGCAGAUCAUCAAAUGUUGUGGCUCAGAACGCGGGAAGACAGGCUGUCCCUGGCAUGCUUGUUUUGCCACAGCAGGAAGAGAUGGCUGAGCUGGGGACGACUGAUCCCGAUGCGCGCUAGAAUGGCGGCCCGACUGCAAUGUCGCCGCUGGACGAAGUGUUGGCUGCUGCCUCUCGCACUCAGCUGCAGCAACUAUGCCUGAUGGCGUCCCGGCCGUUGGAGAUGAGGAAUGCAUGGUCAUAUGCUAAACUCUUUUGGAGAGCUCAAAAUCUCCCAUUCUUCAAACAUGUCACAGCAGCACUCCUAUCCGAUCCGCACUGCUCCAUCACCAGGGACGAUAUGUCCUACUGUAAGUGCAUCUAGUGCCCCUUAGUGAUUUUGGUGGUUUGAAGACUUAUAGGUUAAGUA